GCAUUCACGCUGUGGGUUGCCAAACACCGCACAAGACAGACUUUGAUACUUCAGUGUUUCAUGAGUAUUUGUGACAAUUGCUGCUAGACUAGGCGAUCACAUCUCUCUUGAAGAUGCCUGUUUCCAGGAUGGGGUGUACAUCUUUCUUCAUCUGGUUCUUUUCGUAUGUGUUGGUGUGUGAGUGUCUCCCCCUGGCUGACUCAGACACUGUGAUGCAUGGGGAGAUCCAUUCUCCUCAGUAUCCCCAGCCUUAUCCCCCAAAUUCGCUGGAGCAGUGGGACCUGAGCGUGCCAGAGGGCUUCCAGAUCCGGCUCACCUUCACACACUUGGACAUCGAAGCUUCAGACAACUGCUACUACGACUCACUUACAGUUCUUUAUAAUGGAAAGUUGCUCUGGAAGUUUUGUGGCAAUGAGAACUCAGGUGAUGGGAAUCAUCCAGGCCACCAGCCCAUCUUGUCUCCAGGCAACACUCUUACCCUCAUUUUCCAGUCAGACGACAGCAACCCCGAGCGCCACCAAAACAUCGGCUUUAUUGCUCAGUUCCAAGCGAUAGACGUAGAUGAAUGUUCUGCACCAGAAACAGGAAAUGGCCCACUCUGUUCUCAGAUCUGCCUCAAUACACUCGGCUCCUAUCUCUGUGCUUGUCACCAUGGUUAUGAGCUCCGCUCAGACCAGAGCACCUGCAUUUUAUCCUGUGGUGGUGGAAUUUUCGAUGAGCCGGAGGGACACCUGUCCAGUCCAGGCUAUCCAAACCCUUCAUCACAGGCACUGUCCUGUCAGUAUGUUAUUUCUGUGGAAGAUGGCUUCACCGUCUCUCUUAACUUCUCAGACAACUUCCAGGUUGAGAGUAUUGACACAGAGGGAGGACCACACUGUCUCCAUCACUGGCUGCAGGUGGUACUGCCAAACAGAGAGCCUGUGAAGCUUUGUGGAAAAAAGAGCCCAGGACUGAUUGACACAAACUCCAACUCUGUCACUUUGGAGUACCACACAGAUAACGAAGGGAUGAGCAAAGGCUGGAGCUUAGACUACAGCACAGGGAGAGUGAAGUGCCCGAUUCCCGGUAGGGUCACCAGAGGAAGGGUUACUCCAUCCAUGACUGAGUAUUUCUACAGAGACCACAUUUAUGUUCGCUGUGACCAAGGCUACAAGCUAAUGAUGAACGGUCAGGAGAUCAAGAGUUUCUCUACAGUUUGUCAAAACAAUGGACAGUGGCACCUCCCUCUGCCAGAAUGCCACAUAAUAGAUUGUGGAGAACCAGAGCCUUUGCUGAAUGGAGGGGUGACUUUCCUGUCCGGCUCUCAGAAUCAGUAUCUGUCUGUAGUUCGGUAUCACUGCAAUGAACCCUUUUACUCUCUCGAGGGUGAUCAAAACGUAACUUUCACGUGUGAAGCGGACAGACAGUGGAGGUCUAACCACCUGGCCGUCACCAAACCUACAUGUCUACCAGUGUGUGGUCAACCAACACAAAGAAUUAAUGUCCACAUGAGGAUCCUUGGAGGCAGAGAUGCUCCACCGAACACCAUACCCUGGCAGGUUCUGAUAAUAUCUUCAAGUAGAGGAGGAGGAAUGAUCAUUGCAGACAAAUGGAUCAUGACAGCAGCUCAUGUGUUGGCAUAUAAUGGACAACAAAUUUCAAAAGAUUCAGUAAGAAUUUAUCUUGGAGGCACAGAUGUGAAGACAAUGAUGAACUCUUCUUUGAAUCCUGAAUCCAUCUAUGCUGAGUCCAUCUAUGUUCAUCCGGGUUAUGACUCAAAUGAUGAUUCAUCUUACGACAACGACAUUGCUCUUAUCAAAUUGAAGAAUCCGCUCACGUUCAGGGCAGCUGUAAUGCCCGUAUGUUUGCCAGCAAAGGACAGCUCAUAUAUGGCUGGUGUGAUGGGACAGGUAUCUGGCUUUGGUAUUGAAAAAAUUGGCAAUUCCACUCUUCUUACAAAUAGGCUGAAGUAUGUGCACCUCCCACUGGUGGAUGAUGAGUCGUGCAGGGAUGCAUUCAAUUAUCUAAAAAGGAAAAAGCUCGAGGUGAAACGCUUGACAAACAACAUGUUCUGUGCUGGAACCCCUGAGGGAGGAAGGGACUCAUGCCAAGGAGACAGCGGAAGUGCCUUCACCCUGACCAGAAACGGGCAGUUCUGGGCAGCUGGAAUAGUCAGCUGGGGUGUGGGUUGUGGGUUACAGGGAGCAUAUGGAGUUUACACCAAAGUGGUUGAGUACCUGGACUGGAUCAACAGGACCAUGCAGGAAAACUGAGAGAUACCGUUUUGAAACAGCACAAGUCAAAAUACAACAAUGGAAAAAUACUGAUUUUUGCCUAUCUACAAAAAUUGAAAACACAUAUUACACAACUAAAGAUUGUGAGCAAAUCUUCUGUUGAAUGUAUGGCAUUGUACUGCAACACCUGAUCAACUUUAAAUAAAACAAUUACAUAAA